AUGGGUAAAGGAAGAUCAAUAAGGAUUAAAAAGAUCCAUGUUGUUAAACAAAAAACAACUAAAGUAACAUCAAUUCCUCAAUAUAAUCAUCAUCAUCGUUCAAUUACACCUCCAGUCACGUUAUCGAGUCAAAAAAUUUACGAAGAAUAUAAGAAAUCUCAAUUAUUAGAUCUUAAUUCAUUUCUUGAAGAAUUAGAAACAUUUAAAUCUUCAUCAAUAACUACUUCUUCUAAGAGUAAUAAUAAUCCAGAAUUAUUAUUAAAACAAUCUUGGGAUAGAUUGAAAGAACAAUUGAAAUUAAAUGAUGAUAUUUAUCAUUUAAAAUUAUUAGAACUUAAACUGAAUGAUGAAAAGAAACAUUAUAAGAAUGGAAGAAUAUUGGAUACUAAAGAGAUUGAAUAUAUUGAAUUAAGAAAUGAAACUUUAGAAUUAAUUAAACCGGUUGAUAUUAUGGUUAAUCAAUUAUUAAAUGAUUGGAAACGUGAACUUGAUCACGAGUCUCAAUUACCACCAUUAAACCAAAGGGAUGACUUUACCGAGUUACCAUUAGAUCAUUCACUUUAA